AUGUCCUCCUGUCACCCCCUGCAUUUUGUCUGCUUUUAUUCUGCUCCUUAUUCAUAUUUUGUCAUUUUUUCUUUUCAUUUCCCCUUUCCAAUUUUAUUUUCUCUUCUUUCAAGUUUAUUCUUCGUUGUCUCAUUUUCUUUCUUUUACUCUGCCGUCAUCUUUGACGUCUUUCUCUUCUUCUUCUUCUUCUUCUUCUUACAUAAGUGCUACCAUGCUGACUCUGGACGUGACAUAUGUUUUCCAUUUUAUUUUUCCUUUUUUUUCAAUUCCUUCCUUUUUUUUUCCCUUUCCCCUUUUUUUCCCUUUUUCUUUCUUUUUCGCUUUUUUUUUCACUUUUUUCUCACUUUUUCUUUUUUUUUGCCUCACUUUUUCUUUUUUUGCCUCACUUUUUUUUUUCUCACAUUUUUUUUGUUUCUCACUUUUUCUUUUAUUUUUUUCUCACUUUUUCUUUUAUUUUUUUCUCACUUUUUCUUUUAUUUUUUUCUCACUUUUUCUUUCUUUUUUUCUCACUUUUUCUUUAUUCUUUCUCACUUUUUCUAA